UCUAACUUAUAUUGCACCAAUACAGCAGUGCAGCUACCAAGAACAAACCUAAAUAUAUUUUUUCUUAUUCUAACUUAUCGCACUAACAGCUGGGAACAAUCACUAGUCGGAAGUCGGAACCGGACAAGAUUUGUUAUAGCAGGUUCAAAACAAAUCGUAUUAUACAAUAUACGUUCUCGCGACACAGUCAGAUUGCCGGGUUGAAGUAUUCGUUUGAAGAUUACCCUGUCGUUUUCGUCAAUGAGAAUAUAAAACGACAGUGCGAUGAGUGCGAGCAUGAAGGAAAUGGCCCAUAAUUUGAGUAACAAUGAGCACAGGAGCGAGGAGGUAAUUCUACAACAGGUGAUUAUCUCUGAGGAGUCACCAGCCAAGCAGAAGUUGAGAAGCUGGCUGAACCGACAUCUGCGUAUUGAGAUGACUGACGGGCGAGUGUUGAGAGGGGCAUUCUUGUGCACUGAUCGCGAUGCCAACGUUAUUCUGGGCUCAUGCACCGAAUACCUAUCCAUGGAGCACACAGAAGCAAGAGUUUUAGGCUUGGUGAUGGUGCCUGGUCGACACAUUGUCUCAAUACAUUUAGAUGUUUGAGACAGGCAACGCUGCUCUUUCUCUCCCUCUUGCAAGUCUGUAAAUACUCUCUUCCCUGUUUAUUUAUUAUAUUGACGUGCGUGUUGUUUUAAUAUUAUACAUUAAAUAUAAUAUGAUUGUGUGUAUGUGUGUGUGUGUGUGUCUUUAUCAUUUUGAGAACUUGAUUUUUGUAUGAUACAAGUAAGUUGAAGAAAAAAAGAAAGAGAUGCAAAUCCUGUUAAUAAUUAUUAAUGUAUUCAGCACAUAUGUUUAGCAUAAUAUUUGUACUAUAUCUUAUUGAUUUUGUCAAAGCAAACUUGAAAAUAUUAUGAAUGCAAAAAUAA